AUGCAAAACCUGCUUCUCCCGAACGCGGCCGCCGCGCCCUGCUGCGCGCAGCCGAGGCGGCCAUCCCGCCUCUUCGUUCGCGCCUCAGCAGUGUCGUCGUCGGCGCCUCGGCGGGAGACCGACCCGAGGAAGCGGGUGGUGAUCACGGGGAUGGGCCUGGUGUCGGUGUUCGGGAACGACGUGGACGUAUACUACGAGCGGCUCCUCGCCGGGGAGAGCGGCGUCGGCGCCAUCGACCGUUUCGACGCCUCCGGGUUCCCCACGCGCUUCGCCGCCCAGAUCCGCGGCUUCUCCUCCGAGGGCUACGUCGACGGCAAGCUCGACCGCCGCCUUGACGACAUCCACCGCUACGCCCUCGUCGCCACCAAGAAGGCCCUCGAGUGCGCAAGCCUCGCCCCCGGCACCAGCGCCAUGGAGAAGGUCGACAAAGAACGGGCCGGCGUGGUCGUCGGCUCCGGCAUGGGCGGCAUCACGGCGCUCUCCGACGGCAUCGCGAGCCUGGUGACCAAGGGGUGCGGGAAGAUAUCUCCCCUGUGCAUCCCGCACGCCAUAACCAACAUCAGCUCCGCCUUGGUCGCCAUGGACGCUGCCGACGGCUUCCUAGGCCCGAACUUCUCGAUCUCCACCGCGUGUGCCACCUCCAACCACUGCUUCAACAGCGCCGCGGACCAGAUCCGACUGGGCCGAGCCGACGUCAUGAUCGCCGGUGGCACCGAAGCUGGCAUCAUCCCGAUCGCCCUCGGCGCGUUCUUCGCGUGCAGGGCGCUGUCGCAGAGGAACGACGACCCCGGCACGGCGUCGAGGCCGUGGGACAAGGACCGCGACGGCUUUGUCCUCGGUGAAGGAGCCGGAGUACUGGUCAUGGAAAGCCUUGAGCAUGCAAUGAGGCGCGGCGCUCCGAUUCUUGCGGAGUACUUGGGAGGCGCCGUAAACAGCGACGCUCACCACAUGACUGAUCCGAGACCAGAUGGCCUUGGUGUUUCAUCGUGCAUAACAAGGAGCCUUGAAAAUGCAGGUGUGGCGCUGGAGGAGGUCAAUUACAUAAAUGCCCAUGCAACCUCGACCCUUGCUGGAGACCUGGCAGAAGUGAAAGCUUUGAAGCAAGUCUUCAAGGACCCAUCCCAGAUUAAGCUGAAUGCAACGAAGUCCAUGAUUGGCCAUAGCCUUGGCGCGGCAGGUGCCUUGGAAGCCAUUGCGACCAUCAAAGCGAUCACCACCGGAUGGGUGCACCCAACUAUAAACCAGUUUAAUCCAGAACCGGCAGUUGAUCAAUUUGACACGGUGCAUAAUGUGAAACAACGGCACGAAGUAAAUGUUGGCAUCUCCAAUUCAUUUGGAUUUGGCGGACAAAAUUCAGUAGUCGUGUUUGCACCGUUUAAGCCGUGAUGUGUUGUUUGCACGAUCUUAUGAUAGAAAUUCUGUCUUGGAUAGAACAGUGAAGCACUUUUCUAGAAGCGAAAACCAAGAAAUUACUAAAUGCAAGCAGUUCAGAGCACACAAUAAAUUGCAUCCAUGGAAAACUUGCAUAUAUUUGGCUCUACUCAAACGAAUUUGUUGCAAAAGUAUUCUGGACUGUUGGAACUUGCAGGGCGACCCAUGUAUUCGUGUGAAUAUUCUAAAUGUAGUAUAGUAAUUUGUGUUACAUAUUUAUCAUAUAUUAUUGAGAUGUUGGUGAAGUACAAUAUUGUGUA